GGGAAGCGUGGCGGCCCCGCCCCGUCUCCUGGACCAGCCGCGGCCGCCAGCGCCGCCGCAGCCGCAGGGACCGGCGGACGCAGCAAAGGCGUGCGGUGCGGGCCGGAAGAGUUCCCUCAGAAAAACCACACAUCUCCCCAGCCCACCAUGGCAGACGAAAUUGAUUUCACUACUGGAGACGCUGGGGCUUCCAGCACUUAUCCUAUGCAGUGCUCAGCCCUGCGCAAAAACGGCUUCGUGGUGCUCAAAGGGCGACCAUGCAAAAUCGUGGAGAUGUCAACUUCCAAGACUGGGAAGCAUGGCCAUGCCAAGGUACACCUUGUUGGAAUUGACAUUUUCACUGGCAAAAAAUAUGAAGAUAUUUGUCCUUCCACUCACAACAUGGAUGUUCCAAAUAUUAAGAGAAAUGAUUAUCAACUCAUAUGCAUUCAGGAUGGCUACCUUUCCCUGCUGACAGAAACUGGCGAAGUCCGUGAGGAUCUUAAGCUGCCAGAAGGUGAACUGGGCAAAGAAAUAGAAGGGAAAUAUAAUGCAGGUGAAGAUGUACAGGUGUCUGUCAUGUGCGCCAUGAGUGAAGAAUAUGCUGUAGCCAUAAAGCCCUGCAAAUAGGCAGGACCAUUGGCACAAGCAAGUCUACUGCUGGGUCUGGAUCUAGUUGUCCCAAAGCUAUGGCCUUCAUAAGCAACCUCAUGUUUGUUGUUAUGUUUUAGUUUUAAAAAUGUGCUGGCUUAGGUUUGCAGGCAGUAAGUUUAAAUGACUAUACCAAGAUGUAUAAUUUUAUAAGUAUCUUUCCUAUAACACUCCUGUGGUUUUCAUCAUGUGACCAUAAGAAACAAAUACAACAGCUUCAGUAAAUGUCACUUGUCUAAGCAAAUCACUCCUGAACUUAAGUGGUUAACAAACCAGGGUUUUAAAUCAGCAAUGUAGGAUCUCGUGGAAUGGAAGUAUCAUGCAUUUCAUUUAAAUUGCUUUAUACUGAUUUUAGACUUAAUAUCUAGAAUUCAUAGAUUAUAAAGUAGUCUGUGUAGCAAACACACAUCUUGAAACUAAACUCUUGUUAUCAAAAAAUGUCAUUCUCUUGGUGGCCGGGCAUCCCAUGUGUUACCUUCAUCAUGUUUUUCUGUGCCAGAUGGGUGAUGACAGACCUACAUAGUGGUUUUGGUUGAUGUCGAGAACAGAACUGCUGAGUAAGUCUGAGCAAGUCCUCCAAGCGGUGAAGAAGACACAGGGUCGGAGGCAAAGCGGGGGUUAACGCUGGAGCUUUUAUUUAAGACCUUUUAAUCAGCACACGAAGUACAGGAGCUCUGGUUGUAUUUUUGCUUUUGGCUAUGUCCCCAGCCUCUGCCUCAGCACAGGAGUGACCUUUGCAGAGACGCCCACUACUUCCAGCCAUAAUGUCUAAGUGGUCAUGAUGUUGGUAAUCCAGCCCUUCCAGCAAAUUUUUAAGUAGUUUGUUUUCAGCGUUAGACUAAAAUUAGGAAUUUUAAAGUUGCUUUGGAAUCCUUGACUUUAAAUUGAUUUUUUAAAUGUAUGUACACUUUUCCAAAGUAAAAUAGGAGUAAACUAUGGAAGGAAGAUUACCUUAUUUGAAAAUUAUUUUAAGUGUGUAUAUACUUUUAUUCUCCUGUGACUUAAUUCUAUUACUGAUGUGAAAUACAACGAGGAAAGGCUUCUGUGACUUGGAUUAUUUUAGUGUGUUGUAGAUAAUGCCCCUCUGUUUCUGCUUAGAAUUUUGGAUCAUGUGUAAAUUGUGUCUAAAAUUGUAGACAUAGCUGUGGGCGUGGUGAGGAAGAGACGAAGUCACAAUUGUGGCAUUGGAGUGCAGCUUAGAGCAAAAUCCUUCUCCGUGACACCUUGAUUCUCUGAUGCUGGCUCUCCGGCCCCUUUCUCAUGUCUGGACCCUUUGUUUCCAUCUAGAAAAAAUGUGUGACAAUGUAACUCAUCUAAUCAGCAACUUGAAAUAGCAUUAUAAAUGGAAGGCCCCAAGAUUUUAGUUGCUUAAUUUAUGCAGUUUUAAAUCUUGUCUUGUUAUCAAAAAGUAUCAUUCUCUUUUUGAUAACAAGAAAGACCAAUCCAGAGAUGGAACAAGAUCCCGUAAGAGAAGUGCCAGGAAAGCACAAGAAUGUGAAGUUGUAGCCAGUUGACUUUAGUGUGACCCUUUAGCUUUUGCCCAUGCAAAGCACAAUUAGGAACUAGGCUGAAUUCUUCCCAGGUAUCUACUCUAUCCCUCUUUAGAUUUCUGCUCUUGGGAUGUACCUUGGUGGGACUGAUUGACAUGGUACCCACAGGAAUUCCAGGAAGUCAUUUCUCUCUGCUAUCUUCUGGUCAUUGUCUGGCCAAUAAGUAGCCACACUGGUGUUUUGAUUUCGUAUUUCUUCAGGAGAAGCAUGCCCUACCCUUCCUAACUUAUCAAACCUCACAGGCACCUCUAUUUCUCAUUGUAGUAUAUGCAUAUAAAUUAGAGCAAUGUGCCUCUGGCUCCACACCUUGAAUGGCGAAAGCUACUUAGGCCUAAGUAUUUCAUUUGAAAUAUUAUAUAAGUGUACAUAAUCCAACAUGUAACUAUAGAUUUUAAAGAUACAGAACUGUUUAUUUUAAUGUAAGUCAGGAGAUGUUUCUCUUAAAGCAAAAUAUUUCAUUGAGUAAAGCUUUAUAAAUUAUAUUAAAGGGAAGCAGGGAAUAUGUAUUUUUUAACAGAAAAAAAGAAAUUACUUCUUUUGACAUCAAAGAAAUGCUAACAGUUGACUGCUAGUAUUUGUCGUACAUGUAGCAGAUCUCCAGUCUCACGGGCACCAUGUCGAGAACGGAGGUCACUGAGACAUCACCAUGCAUUUGUGUCUACACAUUUCUUUCUUUCUUUGCCAUUUAGACAGUAUUAACAGGCUGAGCAUUUUUGUUUGAAUAACAGCUUAAUUUCUAUCGUGAAGAUUUUGCCACACUGGUACACUUAUGUGCCCUCUGACCUAGGUCAGACCCUUUUGGCUUUGACUUGGCCUUUGCAUCCUUGAUGCCCCCUGGGGGGCUGCCAGUCACGAAGUGGUUACCUAGCUCUUGACUCUGUUCCCCUUCGUAGUACAGAUUUCUAUACCAGUGCUUUAUAUCAGUGACCGAAACACUUGCAGCCAGAUGUGAUAUCUUCAAGAGAACAUGCUGCAAUGCCAUGUUUAGAAAAUUUGGGGGCACAUGUUUUUCAUUAGCGCACAGUGUGAGAGUGUGUAUAAAUACACAUAGCUUUGUUCAUUUCUCAAAGUCUUUUCAACUAUUAAAUGUACUGUAGUCGGGUAGUGCCUCAAAUGUUGGUUUGAUUUUUGUUGUUUUUUUUAUUGUUUUUUUACUUUUAAAGCUGCUCAAUUAGAUUGUAUCUAGUUGAGCUGGAAUUCAAACACACUGUUCUCAGGGCUGUUUGUGCUAGGAGCUAAAGUGUCAUUAUUUUAAAGAGAGCUGCCUGCAGAUAUAUUGCAAGUUUUUCCCAAGUCAUACUACUGUAAUACAUGCAAAUAACAAUUCUUAGUAUGAAAUAUUUAAGCUAUCUGGUACGCAUUUUUAAAAUAGGAGCAUUAGUGGCAGCUGUACUGGAAUCUUGCCGUAUUGUUUACUUUAGCAUAAAAUCCCAGGGGUCUUACUGUGGAACCCUGUCCUUGGUGAUGUAUCUGACAGCAUGCUUUUGGAGCUGGACAUUGAUACAGUGGUUCUCAGACACAUUCAAGAACAGACAGGAAAUUCCUAACUCUUUUGGGUAUCUUAAAAUGUUUACAUGCUGAAUUCACACUUGCUAUGAGAAACUAUGGAUGUCUAGUAUAAGAUCAAAGUUAUCAAGGCAUAGUUCCAUGAACAGUAUAUUAUACUGAUAGGAACUUUUAAAUCUUCUAGUAUUUAAGUGUAAUAUUUCAUAGUUCUCAAGCUCUUUUUCUGUUAAUGUUUCAAUGAUUAAGAGGUAACAAAGACUUUUUUUAAAUCUAUGGUAGACAAAUCUUAAAAUUGAAUCUAUUAACUUAAAUCUGUGAAAUGUGUUCUCUGAAUUGGACAAGCAACAUUAUUAUUUGAUUGUAGAAGGAACAUUGGGACUUAACUUACGGAGCACAGAUGUUCUGUGGAAACAGGGUUUGAAGUCACUAUGUAAUUUAAUUUUUCCAUUAACCCAAACACCAACAUAACUACCAAGUGAUGUCACACACCUGAAAAGAGCUGUAAAUAUCUACUACAUGCAUAUGUUUUCUUCAUGUGAAGGACGCAUCAUAGGGCAGUGCACACAAGGCCAUCACCUGUUGUAAAUGUACUUAUUGCCAAAGUUCUCCAUCACUACUCUUCACGCUUAAAACAGGCCUGCACCUAUGGCACAGUAGCAAAGGAGAUUCUUCCAUGCAUAUGACGUUCUUAGAAACCAGCUGGUGGGAUUUGGUUCAUCUUAGUUGAAACUGUACUUUUAAAAACACUGGAUACUAAACUAUUCAGCAAUGACUGGAGAGCCUGUAAGGGAUUGUGGCUGUGCCCUUUCUUAAGCUGAUUCCUUAUCGUGGUUAAUCUACUACAGGUGAGCAGUCAUCAUUAUUACAAAGACUACUUCACAUUACUAGCUCUAAACCAGGAUUUAAAAAAUAACUAUUUCCCUAUUCUCAUGUAUCCUUACCCCACUCCCUAGAAGAAAACAGAUCAAAUGGCAUUGUCUAAUCCGGUGGCACUUUGUUAGUGUUAUUUUUGUCUUAAAUAUAGGAUUUCUUGAAUUUACUUGCAAAUGUUUUGUUAAAACUUUAAAAUUGUAAGAUCUGACUAUUAUAAUUGUGUGUUUUACAUUUUAAAAGUAAGUAAACAUUGAAUGUUAAAUCUCGGCUAUACUAAAAUAUCCUUACCAAUGAUAACACUUUGUUACCUUAAACUAUAUGUCUGUUAACUUCAUGUUAUAUUAAAUGAAAAUAAACUUAAAAGUGCACAAUUAU